GUUUGUGCAGAUGCCUGAUCAAAAUCCAGCAGAGAGCCAUAAAUAAAUUAUUUCCAGUCGGAGACUGGGGCUCCGAUGGCCUGUAACGACACUAUAGAUCCAGUCUGGUAGACAUGCACCCGACUAGAAUAUGAGCUAAUGUGCAUGGCUAAUUUUAAAGAGAGCAGAAACCAUGAAGAAGGUGGAUUAUAAUCGGUACUGAAAGUCUGCCUUUAGAGGGCAAACUGCAGAGAAAACAGCUCGUAGCCACUAACCGCAGGAUGAUGAUGGAAACCCAACAGCUGACUGCGAGCAACGCUAAUGUCUGAACGUUGGGAGACUGAAGACGGUUUCACAUCUCAUCAGGAAAACAUCUUAACGGCGCCGACCUUUACUUGAAGUAUAUUUAGAGAUGUGGGCUAAUUCAGAACACCAAGCUGGAAAAACACAUCUAUCAGAGAUGGAAAGCCGGGACUCCGAAACACAAUCCAGCUUUCUCCAACUUGCUAAAAAAGAGACUGAAGUGUUUCAUGGGCACCAGCUGUGGGUUGUUAAAGAAGAGGUUCGCAGUGACUGGAGCUCGAGUUUGGGCCCGCUUGACUCAGAGCCGCCCCACAUGAAGGAAGAAAAGAUGCCUGCUGUGAAAAGUGAAAAAGAAGAAAAACCAAAGUUUUCAGAUUGUAGCUGCAUGAAAACUGAAGACAGGAGAAGAGAACCCCUGACGCUCAACUUGGCUAAACAGAUGGAAGCGGAACCUGAUGCAAAGGACUAUGGAAGACCAGAACCAGGCCCAAGCCUCAAUAGUUCUUAUCAAGAAAGUGAGAUGACCAUUCACCGUACAGUUUUCCCGGUCCAGCAGGUGUUGGGGAUGAAGCAAGAAGCUCCCCAAGACUUGAGCUCUUGUUUGAACCAGAAAGACCCAGAGCCUUCCCACAUAAAGGAGGAAGAUGAUGACCUGUGGGUCGGUGAGGAGAGAGAACAGCUUAUUGUGAAGAUUGUAGAUGAUGAGAAACUUAGUGCAUUAUCAGAACUUCAUUACGUCAAACCUGAAGAGGGCAGAGAGACGGACACUCCAAACAAGAUCUCAGCCGUACAGAUAAAGAAAGAGCCUGAUGGAGACUGUGAAAGUCCAAAACCAAGCAGGACCCGUCGUUUAGCUACUCGUCUGCAGUCAAAGAACAAUGAAAAUGCAUCGCACUCUUCUGAUACUGAAAACAGUGGGGAGGAUAACAGCUCUGUGACACACCAAUCAGUGGGUAAGCCUACCAACUCUUCAGUUGAGAAGAAACAAUCUAGAAAAAAGAAAAACGCCGACACUCAACCGGGAGCCAAAGCUGAAAAGAAAUCAUAUGCUUGUGAAGACUGUGGUAAAACAUUUCCAUAUCAGUGUCAUCUCAAGUCUCAUAGGAGACUCCACACUGGAGAGAAACCGUUUGCUUGUGCAGACUGUGGUAAAACUUUUUACCAGCAAUAUCAACUUAAUUGUCACAUGACAGUCCACACGGGGGAGAAACCAUUUGCUUGUGAUUUUUGUGGUAAAACAUUUCCUUAUCAGUGUCACCUCAAAUCUCACUUGAGACUGCAUACUGGAGAGAGACCAUAUGCUUGUGGUAACUGUGGUAAAGCAUUUACAGAACUGAAGGAUCUUAAAAGGCACAUGAGAUGCCACACAGGAGAGAAACCUUUUCAGUGUGAGGUGUGCUAUAAAAAGUUUAGCCUAAAGGGGGCUCUGAAGCGGCACAUGAUGAUUCACAAUGGAGAAAAACCAUUUGCAUGCACUGAUUGCGACAGACAUUUCAGAUUUAAUGCUGAUCUUCAAGCACACAUGUUAACCCAUUUAGGAGUAAAACCAUUUGCCUGCGCUUAUUGUAAUGCAAAAUUUACUCGAAAAGGAAGUCUGCUUCUGCAUGUUAGACACCACACUGGCGAGAAUCUACUUACCUGUGAAGUCUGCGAGGAGAAAUUUGUCCGAAAGUGCGAUCUUGACAACCAUAUGCCAGUUCACUCCAGAGCACAGAAGGUUCCAUCCGGAAAUGAGAAUUUUGUCUGUGAUGAAUGUGGGAAAAAAUUUGUUGAGAAGUCACGCCUAACGAGACACAUGAUUACGCACACAGGAGAGAAACCAUUCAGUUGUGAUGUUUGUAGUGUGAAGUUUUCACGACAAGAACACGUGAAAAGACACAAAAUGACACGGCACAGUAUGAUAAGAACACGUGAAGAGACGCAAAACGACACAGGAAUGCAUGAAGAGACACAAAACGACACAGGAAUGCAUGAAGAGACACAAAACGACACAGGAAUGCAUGAAGAGACACAAAANCAAAACGACACAGGAAUGCAUGAAGAGACACAAAACGACACAGGAAUGCAUGAAGAGACACAAAACGACACAGGAAUGCAUGAAGAGACACAAAAUGACACCCCACAAUACAUGAACAUAUAAAGAGACAGUCACAGGAACAUAAAUGCCUUAGAACACUCAACAUAAGAAGAGAUGAAGAGACACAAACAUGACACUCCAAAAGAAAGUCAAACCACAGUUUCAUGGUUUCAGAUAGACAUUGUGAUCAUUUGUUGUAUCUCUUUCAUUAAGACUUUAAUGUUGGAUUCAGACAUUGAGAGGAACACAUUUUUUCCUGUUUGAGGAUGAAUGGUGGCCAGACAGAAAUCUGCAUGAUUGAGGUCCUUGAUGGUCUACAGUAGAGGUGCCCGAGUCCAUUCCUCGAGAUCCACUAUCCUGCAACUCUUUUGCCUCCACUCUCCAAUACACCUAAUUCAAAUGGAUCAUCGCAUCUUGUAGCUCUGCUGAGGAACGGUAACAAGUCAUUCAUGUGAUUCAGGCGCGUCGGUCGAGGGAUGCAUCUAAAAGUUGCAGGACAGUAGAUCUCGAGGACUGGACUUGGGCACCCCUUAUCUACAGGGUAAGUUCUUUUUCAUCCGACAGUCUGCUUUGCAACAAAACUUUUGUUUCUCAGUAAAGUCUGAAUUGUGUUGUUGCUAUUUCUAUUGUUACAUCUCUAAAAUUUUUUGUAAAUAGACUUGGCUUAAAUUUUAUUUUUAGAAUAAGUUGUUGUCUGUCCUCAAAACAUGAAAGUUCAAACCCGAACUAACUUCUUUCUUAAAUGCUGAAUUUGGCUAGUAAUUUAUUGGUUUAUGUGUUAUACGGUAUUUAUUUAACUUUAUUUUUUCUUGUUGGUGGAUUGAGCAGUCCUUUGUGCAGCAAAGUAUAAAGCUGAACUAACUUUUCUUUGAUCAAGACUGAACUUUGUUGGUACUACUCUAAUUGCUAUCAUUGUUUACUGCUAUCUUUAUAGUCAAAUAUAGUUUGAAAUGUAUUUUUAGUCAGUAGAGGAUUUAACUUACGUUUGCUCUGUAACAAGAUGAUAUUAAGGUAAACUAAGUUUUCCUUGACAAAUGAAUUUGGUUGGAAACAUUGUCAUUAUUUUGUGAAAUCUCUCUAAACAUGUUUAGUUUACAUCGUUUUGUUUGAAGACUGAGCUGAUGUCUGUUCUGUAGCAGGUAAGUAUUAACCUCAAUUAACCUCAACUAAGAUUUUUCUAAAGUCUUUAACCUGUUGGCUUUUAAAAAGUCUGUUUAGUUCGUAGACUUGGUGCUUGUGGGUUCUGUAGUUAGAAAGUCCUUUUAGAUGAACGUUUCACUAAACUCGAAUGCCACUGAUGUGCCUUAGGUUUUGUUUCUACACAACUUUUAAUUUUAACAAUCAUUUCAUCUAAUGAGCUCUGUAUUAUUUUUUGUUUGUGGAUCUGGUUUCCCUCCCUCAUUUCAGCCUAUGUGACACUAAACUGAAAUGAACGCAUGACCAAGCUAUUUGACCAAGCUGUGCUGCAGAAAUCUGUUCUCUGUGUAAGCAUAUUAAACCUUUUCAAAGUACAA